AUGGCACCAACAGCAAUCGACACAGAGGUUCCCAUCCACAUCAGCGCUAAAUCGUCGCACCCGCAACCGUUGAAGGUGUCUGCGGCCCUGGACCAGUACGAGUCAUUCGAUGUCACCCCCAACAUCGGUCGCGAGUUCCCCAAGGCAAACCUAGUCGACUGGCUGAACGCGCCCAACGCCGAUGAGCUGAUCAGAGAUCUCGCCAUCACCAUUUCCCAACGCGGUGUUGUCUUUUUCCGGGCCCAGGACAACCUUACCAAUGAACUGCAGAAGAAGCUGAUCCUUCGGCUCGGCGAGCUGACCGGCCGGCCCUCCGACUCGGGACUCCACAUUCACCCGGUCCUCAACUCCGAACGGGAAUUGGGUGGGUCCGAUCCGGAGAUCAGCACCAUCAGCUCCAUUCAAAACAAGAAGUACUACCGGAAGCCCUUGGAGGGCGAGAACAUCAGCCCCAAGAAGCAAACCACUGCGCAGUGGCACAGCGACAUCUCCUUUGAGCCCGUGCCGGCCGACUACUCGUCGCUGCGCCUGGUUGAACUGCCCAAGACUGGCGGUGACACGCUCUGGGCAUCCGGAUACGAGAUUUACGACCGCCUCAGCACUCCUUACCAGAAGUUCCUGGAGAGCCUCACCGUCACCUUUGAGCAGCCCGGCUUCGCCGCCGCCGCUGAGCGCGGCGGUUUUACGUUGUACGACAAGCCCCGCGGCAACCCCAAGAACAUCGGCAGUAUUCUCAAGGCCGUCCACCCCGUGGUGCGGACCAACCCCGUCACGGGCUGGAAGAGCGUCUUCCCCGUCGGCGGCCACGUGAAGCACAUCAACGACGUCACCCCGGAGGAGAGCAAGCAUCUGCUCGACUGGUUCCUCGACCUGCUGCAGAAGAACCACGAGGUGCAGGUCCGCUUCAGAUGGCAGAACGCCAACGACAUUGCUAUCUGGGACAACCGCAGCACGUUCCACACGGCGACGUUUGACUAUGAUGGCCAGGGCGAGAGGUUUGGGAACCGGGCGGUCGGUAUUGGCGAGACGCCUUACCAGGACCCCAACAGCACGGGACGUCGAGAGGCUUUAGGUCUUCCCCAGGUCACCAGCGAAUAUGUUUGA